UCUCUGCAGCUCAACUCUCAGUUAAACAACAUCCGCAUCAAGUCUUUCAAAGACAUUGAAAACGAGUACAACUACGCUUUCACUGUGGAGGAAUCUGCUGCGAAAAGGACCAGACCAUCAGUCUCAGCUGAACAGGUUGCAUCAGCUCAGUGAGCUGACGUCAGCACCACAUCUCAGCUGCUUCAUUCCUACAGACAGUUUUCUAAGGAGAAGAGAGCAGAGGAAGAUUUAUUGUCUUCACAUCUACAUUCACACUAUGAAGCUAAAGUCAAACUUAAAAGUUGUUGUUUUUUUGUGUCGUCUGUUACCAAAGUCUCCACUUCUCCAAGUUUCAUCUUAAUGGGUUCAACAUGUAAUGAAGUUUUGGAUCUCAGGAGUCUUUGUUGCUCAGUCUGCU